AUGUCAUUUGAUACUACAGCGAGUAACAGAGGAGUAAACACUGGUGCACGUGUACUUCUUGAAAAAAAAAAUAAAAAAGACCUCAUCAGUUUAGCAUGCCGACAUCACAUAUUAGAAAUUAUUAUUGAGAGAGUGUUUAAUGCGUUAAUGGAAACUUCAAACGGUCCCAAUAUUCGGCUGUUUCAAAGAUUUUCAUCUAACUGGAGCCAAAUUAAUAUAAAAAAAUAUGAAAGCGGAAUAACAAAAGACACAGUCGCUAAUGAAUUAAAACCACACAAAAAUGACCUUGUAAAGUUCAUUAAAGACCAGUUAGCGACAUAUCAGCCUAGAGAUGACUAUAGGGAAUUGUUACAACUUUCUCUUAUAUUCUUAGGAGAUAAAACUGCUCGAUGUUUUAACAUUCGUACACCUGGUGCUUUACAUCGAGCUAGAUGGAUGGCAAAGUAA